CUGACCAUUCAGUAAGCUGUAUCAACCACUUGGACUUGUCCAUAUCUUCCUCCUGCCUCUUCUUGGUUGGGGGUGGCAGCGUUACCCGCAUACGACUUCAAAAUACUUGGCCACAGCAUCAGUCCCCCAGUCACCUGCGGCACUGCUCGUGGCCUGAUCACAGAGCAGAUUUUGAAUAGGAAAGUAGCUUUGUCCAACCUACCGGUACCAUAGCUCUUCGUCGUCCAAUACUCGGGAUAGGACUUCAUCUGGGACAACAUUUAGGGUAAAUCCGGCCGCGAUCGAUCGUCUCUGCAGCUCCCAAAUCGUUAUCAUGUCCGUUCCCAGUGCCGUCCCAAGGACGGCUCCCAUUGCCAUUGCGCCCAAACCUCCCCCACGCUUUCCUCCGAGUCGACAAGCAAGCAUCAACUACAGCGACUCCUUCUCCGGUUUCCGAAGCGGCAUUAACACCCCGGACACAGACUCUCUAAGCGGACAACCAACAAGUCCCUGUGAAGCUUGUCUACGCCGUAGGCUUGAGUGCGUCAUGAGUGAUGACGAAGAGAGCUGUGUUGCUUGCCAGACGAAUGGUGCAGAAUGUUCGUUGGGCGAGAGCCCUCCGCCACGGAAACGCAAGUUGAACGGUGAUGCAGAGGAGAGUGGCAGUAAAAGAAGUUCCCCAGCACGGUUUGAUAAUAGGAAACGAAGGCAGAACCCACCAAGCCUGUCGAGCACCGUUACUACCGGCAUGUCCCUAAUCGAGGAGAUGGCGAACUUUGGCGGCCCAACCUUGCUAAAGCGUACCCUUGGUCUUCAGUCAGACAGGUAUAGUCAGUACAUAGGGCCGACGACCGACUUUGAGCCCUCGCUCAUCAACCUCUCCCCUUUUGACCCACAUGAUGAGAGUCUCCUCGCCCGAGGGACUCUAAGGAAGGUCGGCGACGAGGAUACUUUUCUCAUGCUCCCGGAUUCACUCACGCCUGGACACGCCCAUAUAAUCGAAGAUGUCGACGAAAUCGAAAGUCUCGUCGCCCCGCAUGGCCGAAAGCUGAUCGACUUGUACUUUCGUAUCGUACAUCCCGGAUUUCCCAUUGUCCAAAAAUCGGUCUUUUAUGAAAAAUACGACCGAUCACAUCGAGAGUUUUCGCCGCCGCUCCUUGCUGCCAUAUACAUCCUGGCCAUCAACUGGUGGGAUCAUUCAGAGGAAUUGGCGUCACUGCCGCGACCCAAUGUUCGGGAACUGGAGAGACUGGUUCGUGUCACUCUCGCAGAUGCCAUGUAUCGUCCCAAGCUGUCGACUAUUCAAGCCGGUCUAUUGCUUUCGCAGCGCCCCGAGGGUGAUCAAUGGGCCCCUACGGCACAGCUUGUUGCUAUCGGACAAGAGCUUGGUCUGCACCUCGACUGCUCGUCGUGGAAGAUCCCGCCCUGGGAGCGAGGACUGAGAAAACGUCUCGCGUGGGCGCUAUAUAUGCAGGAUAAAUGGGGUGCGCUCGCACAUGGACGUCCUUCCCAUAUCUUUUCGUCCAACUGGGCCGUGCCCGUUUUGACGCCUCAUGAUUUCCCCGACAUUGACUGGGAGGAGAGCGAUGCGGAGGCGCGGAUUGAGACGGAGCGUGGGCGCACUCUGUUUUGCCAAAUGGUUCAACUUUCCCAAAUCCUCGCCGAGAUCCUCGAGACGUUCUAUACCCUGCAAGCCACGCGGGCCGUUGCUAAUGCUGGCCCUCAAGGCACGCAACUCGUACUCUCGCUAGCCAAACCCAUUCAGCUCAAGCUGAAGGAAUGGUACAGCGGGUUGCCUGACUCGGUUCGCAUGGACUCAACCUUUCAAAGCGCCACCAUGUCACAGAGCAACAGCAACAACAACAACCGCCUCUCUAGCAUUGGUUACCUCCACCUCGCCUACUUCGCCACGGAAAUCACUCUCCACCGCCGCAUCAUCCGCUCGAUCGACGCUUCUUGCUCUUCCUCAUCCGGCUCCACCAUCGCCUCACUCAGCGCCAGUGUUAACAGCACAACGAGCAGCAACCCAAGCUCAACUGCCAGUAACAUUGACCCAUAUAUCCAGCACAUCUGCCGAAGCGCGGCUAAAGCCCGUCUGAUCUCCGCCAUGGACUUUGUGAACCGCCUCACCCCUUCUCACCUGCGCGCGUUCUGGUACUUCGCCUCCAAAACCAACUUCGCCUUGAUUGGCACGUUUGGAUCACUUCUCUGGGCCACCUCCCCCGGGAGAGAGGAGGCAGAUUGGUACAGGCGUCGCUUGGGAGAGUAUCGCUGGACACUCAGCGUCAGCUCAAAGCCUGGCGAGGGUCACAAGGGUUUGACGGAGUUUGCUAUGGGUAUGCUCGAUAUCUCAACUGGGUUGCUAAAGCAGUUGCCGGAGAAGCCGCUGCUAAGUAGAAGUGGGAGUGCGGUCAACGUUGGGGCAGGUGUCAAUGCCGAAGUGAUGAGGAGCCAAAGCUUGCUUGCUUUGGGGACGGGUACUGGAUCGGCACAGAGAGGCGGGUAUGGUGUUGGUAGCCCUGCAUCUUCUGGGUUCGGGCGCAUGGGCAGUAUGAGCGGAUUUAACGAGAGUUAUGUCCGAGGAGGACCGGAUCGAAGAUAUCAGCAACCGGCGAGAGGCGAUGCGAGCGGUGUGCAGAGCCCGAGGAGUAUAAGUAGCGACAGCAGCGAUGAAGGCGGAUAUGGGAACUUUUCGGUGACGGCGGGAAUGGCUGGGCUGGCGGACUGAGCUACGAUGAACUUGCAUGGAGGUAUCUGUUGUAGUUCAGGCGGAGGAAGGAUCUGACUACAACAUUGGAGGUUUGUCUGGCGACGACAAACGAAGUAAGGAAACUAGCAUUUUCAUAUUCGUAUGCGGCUGCAGAUGAAACGAAUCCUGGAAAAUUGUGCAAGAUUAAAAAAAAAACCGAUCAGAGAGGCGGCUCUGGCUGGGAGGCGGGGGUUGUCUCAAACUCCCGUUGUUCAGGACAAACG